AUGACGUCAUUGCCAGAUGAUGUUGACGACCAAGUAAAUGAAAGUAUGAAGCUGAGAGCGCAAUGGAUGACGGUAACAUGUGAUGGUCAGCGGUUUUUACAAAACGAUGGUGGUAGCCAAUGUUUAGGAAAUUACGUGAAACAAUCUCUAGCGACAUGUCCAGAUACACGACAGAUUUACAAAACGAGGGAAGAUAAAGUCAUCAAAGUUACUCGACCUGACGGCACUCAAGUCGUAGAGCAUUUGGACGGCACUCGUAUUACCACGUUUUACGAUAUAACACGAGUGGAGUUGCAACCUCCGAAUGCAAAAACUGGCGAAGAGGCUGAAGACAGAAUAUGGUUCAUGUCGAACGUUGUUUGGUAA